AUGGACCGCAAGAAAGCGGUCUCACGCUGCAAGCCAAAAGCGUCGAAGGUGGUGCGGCGGGAGAGACAGAGUCAUGCACUGAUUGGUUGUCAACCAGCCGUCCAGUUCAAGGCGGCGCGCGCCCAGAUCCGUGGGGUUUUACAAAGUGUUACUCCUCUCGUGCUCUCCACCUUCCCGCCUGUUGUCCCCUCCACCCUUCCCCCCACACACAACAUUUCCUCCCCCCCUCUCCUUCCCUCCCCGCCUCUCCCUUCCCCCUCUCCCCCCUCCACACAACCCCCGAUUUCCUCUCCCCCAUUCCCCGCAUUCCUUCCCCCCGGUUUCCCCCUCCCUCCUCGCAUUCCUCUCCCCCGUUCCAUACACCUCCCCGCACGCCUCUCCAAGGCUCCUGGUGCCUCAAGGUUCUUUCCGUCACGCCCUGACAAGCAUUCCCCCAGUGCAUGCGCGCAAUCCGCAAAAUGUUCCUCUCCCAAUCUCACAGGGGAUCUAUGCCAUUCCUUCAAAAGACAUUUUCUCUUCCCUUCCCCCUGCCCGCCUUCCCCACAAUACACGCAGUGGACACCCCGCGUUUCCCCGUGCCUUGUAGCGGGGCUGCCUAUAGAGGAGCUUGAUGCGCAUUUAAACUUCCGCCGGGGGUGGACGCUCGGGUUCACGGAGGACGUGGAAGAUAAGACGCAGAUUCUGCCGUUGAUGCGAGGCGCCAUGGAUCCUACAAUGCACGCGAGGGAGCGGAGGGUUUUCCUCGACCUGGGAGCCAAGGAGUUCAACACGAGCGUCACCUGGUUUCUCCAAAUGUACCCCCUCGAUUUCACCGAGAUCCACGCGGUGGAAGCGAGACCCGAUGUGUUUCAAACGCCAUCUCCAACAACGCCGAAGGUACUGGCAAACGGUUUGGGUCUGAAUUCACGCCUGCGCCCGAGACGAGGAGGCCCAGCAGUCUUCCCCAAAUGGUUGCUGCAACGCGUUCAUCCCUACAACUUCUACGUCUCUUCCAAAGACAACCAAGAGAGG